UACCUUCCUCCGCUUUGGGUGGAGCAAAUAUCAGCUGGAAAAAAUGGCAGGCCAGGAAGAUCCUGUUCAAAGAGAGAUUCACCAAGACUGGGCAAAUCGAGAAUAUAUCGAAGUUAUUACAAGCAGCAUUAAGAAAAUCGCGGAUUUUCUUAACUCAUUUGAUAUGUCAUGUCGGUCUCGUUUGGCCACACUCAAUGAAAAGCUCACUGCUUUGGAAAGGAGGAUUGAGUACAUAGAGGCCAGAGUCACCAAGGGUGAAACAUUGACCUAAACCAGGAUGACCAGACUGCAGAACCUCUGCCUGAAAUCCUCCUAUAUUCCGUCAGUUUUUUGAAAGUCUGUUAACCAUACCUCACACACACACAUCACAUAAUGUGUUUCCAUCAAUAACAGUUUAAUAUGUCAAUUAGUGGCAUUACAUUUUUCCUACUAAUACUGACUGGAAGUUGUUGUUUACCCUUUUUUGUAAAGUAAUAGGCCUAGCCUAUCCACAAAUUGUCAGAUGGAAUGUCCCUUUUGUGCACCUUCACUGUAAAUGCCAGCUUAUUUGGAUCCUGUGAACUUUGUUGAUGUUACUGCUCAAUUUUGAACUUCAAACUAUGAUACUGUAAUCAUGCAAUGAAACCAUAUUUAAUAAAUCUGCCAGUUUUUGUAAUUUGAGUUAUAUCAAACAGAAGCAUCUCUAGGAUCACCCUAUCCCUCCCUACUGCAUUGCUUUACAAAUAGUAGGCUAAAUUUAAUUGACUGUCCUGAGACGAUCUCCAUUUGCAUACUGUGGUUCGUAUAUUGCAUAUGGAUGUCUGCCCCCACGAGUGUUUUAUGUUGUUGAGCAUGUCAUGCCACAGAAGAGAUGCCAAAGUGCUUUGUUCGCUUGUGGUAAUUGUCUGUCAUUUUUAAUUUGGUUUGUGUAUGCAAUGGAAUUUGAUUUCACAUUUGUAUUAAAAAAAUGCUUAAAAGGAA